CAAUCAAUCUGUUGCGAAUACGAGUAAGCGGAAGAAACGGCCGGAAGUUUACAAACAUUAACCGAGCAAGCGUCAUUUAGCUAUUAUUGUGUUUUAUUUUUUACCAGCCGUCGAAAAGCGUCGAUUUAAACAAACCUAGAGAAAAGAUGGUUUGUGAAAAGUGCGAGAAGAAGCUUGGUAAAGUCAUCACACCUGACACCUGGAAGGAUGGAGCACGGAAUACAACAGAGGGUGGUGGGCGUAAGCUAAAUGAAAACAAAAUCCUGACUUCUAAGAAAGCCAGGUUUGACCCUUACAGCAAGACAGGCUUUGCUACCUGCAGGAUCUGCAAGAGCUCAGUUCAUCAGUCUGGAUCACACUACUGUCAGGGCUGUGCAUACAAGAAAGGAAUCUGUGCGAUGUGUGGAAAGAAAGUUUUGGACACCAAGAACUACAAACAGACAUCUGUGUGACAGCGUGCCGAUCAGAGAACAGUUCCACGAGUGAAUAGCAGAUGUGUGGAUGAGACUGAUUGUGCAUGUCCUCUUGUCACAUUUUCAGUACCAUGUCCUGUCAUAGACACCUAUAGCUCCUUACUGUUAUUCUUCUUACCUGCGUGAAAGAGAAAGAUUUGCCUACUUAUUAUAUAACGCCACUGGAACUAUUACAGUGGCCAUACACAGGGAAGCACUGUUGUCUCCAAAUACACCACCAGUUAUCACCUGCUCCUCAAGUCGAGGCUUCUAGAUUUUUUGUAUAUUUUAAAGUCAAUACUUAGACUUGGAUUCUUUGCUUUUUAAAAAUGAUUUCCGUAUGUAAUAUAUCAAGUGUUUAAAUUUUUUUGAGUGAAUUAAAGCAUUCAAUAUGA